GAUCUUUGGAUUUGUAUUUGGAUUUUAGCCAUAGUAUUGGGAUCUCUUGCUCACCUACAUCAGCAUCCCGCCUGUCUGGUAAAUUCGACGCCAGCCAGGUGGUCCUCUAGAUAUGUAACACCGAACCUUGCCUGCCCCCCCUCCGCCAUGUGUCCCACACACUCGUCCUAGGACUCGCCCACGAAUCACACGGUGUUGGUUGUUGCAGGCCAAACACCUGUGAAUGGAAUGCACCUUCUAGUCGGUCAGUUAUCUGUACGAAUGAAACCUGGACGUUUGGUCCACCGGAACUUGAUGCUCGGGAAAAGCGAUACGCCAAGGUCUUCUAAGACGUUGUGCUUAGAUAAAAGUUCUUUACGAUCAUCUUGAGAUUGGUUCCAAAAGUUGCAAACUGACACAGGUUGAUAAUGGCGUGCCUCUAAGGUCAUGUUUGGACGGAUUCUGCCCUCUUUGAGGAUUAGUGCUGACGAGUUGCGGACCUUUUAUUAUUGCCUUUCUAUCAAGGCAGCCUACUCACAGCAUAUCACAACUGAUUUUAGGACGAUAGGCGUCCGAUAAGACAACAGGUUGCACCAGCUGAGCAAGCUGGCCCGAUUGGCUCUGCCCUCCUGUCAGACGAGCACCGCGCUGUGUCUGAGGAGCCAGCAUGGUGGGCCUGCGUCUGGUGCUGGUGGCGGCUCUCUGUGUGGCUCGGACCAGCGGCACCGACUACGGGGACCUCGUGCACCUGCACGGAAACGGCUGGCCCCUGGUGGACCUAUGGUCGAGACUGCUGUACGCCCGACGGGAGUUUGACCACCAAACAUCUGCAGCGCACGGCCAGUCCAAUCCGCAGCGGACUGGCAAACACAGCGGAGGUGAGUGGAACAAGCCAGCGCUAGAAGGACGGAUCAAAAUGCUUCAAAAGGACCGAGUACCUACUCAGUAAAACAUAUAUAUUGAUAACAGGCAUAAACACGCAUGACUUAGGUUUAAAGUUCACUGUCAUCUUUCUACGACAAGGGUGUGCCGCUGUCAUCCCUGAAAAAGAAAUAUCUAUGACUGCAAAUAGCUCCAGCGAUCGGACACAAAUAUAACCUGCAAUAUGCCCUGCAACCUGCAAUGGUGAAGAUAGUUCAAAGGCAAUACCCUGAUGUACCACUCCAUUGUAUUCGUAUCAUGUAUAAGCAACUUCGAAGUUAUUUUAUUCUAAUCAGACAACCAUCGCUCUGCUCUCAUUUCGCUAUCGUGAAGACAUUGGUACCCUAAGCGGGAACCCUCUCAUUUUCAGAUCUGCCUGUUCGACUGGAGCUGGAGACGGAUGUCGACAUUCAUGAGCCGUCCCACCCUGACCUGGGGCUGGGUCCCGACCUCCAGGACCAGGCGAUCGCGGAGGCAGUCGGUCCGUACAUCACGCCGAUCGCCAACCCCGAUGCCAGCGCGGCUUGCCUGGAGGACAGUAUAACGUACCUGAACCACAUCACCAAAGAACGAUGGGCCAUGCGGAUGUUUGACUCUACAGGCAAGAUGCCUGAUGGCAUUCUGGAGGGCAAUGUAAACCCGAUGGGCAACUGGGACGAAUGUCUCAACACCACAGCGUUCUUCAACGACAAGAGCUUCAUCGGGAAGUACUGUGUGGCGUCUCUCUUCAAGUCGGACGAGUCGGCCAGCCACAGCCACCAGCUGCGGCAAACAGCUCCGGUAGCCAACCUGGAUGUGGCUCCGAUCCUGCCCGCACUGCCGGACGGAACGGAAGCCACUGUGGGUGUGUGCAUACCGUCCACCUGCACUGCCGAGGAGCUCACCCUGGGACUUGACAUCGCGCUACGGCGGCAGAAAGUUAGUGCAUAUAUUCCCGAUUACCUGUGUUACACCAGGGAGGACAAGACGGAACUCACGACCGCCGCCAUCGUCAUGAUCGUCAUUCUGUCCCUGACCGGACUGUGCAUGGUGAUCGGUACGGUAGUGGACCUCAUCGCUGUGCAAGCCGAGGACGGACCAGACUCUGCCUGGUCAGCCAUCGAUGCGGCAGUUCGGUGGAUUCUACCUCCCACGAUUCGGCGCGUUUUCCUCGCGUUCUCCGUCUACACCAACGGACGCAAGCUUUUAGACACCACCUCCACCAAGGACACGCUAAGCUGUUUACAUGGAAUACGUUUUCUCUCCAACACCUGGGUCAUCCUCGGACACAAUUAUGUAUUUCUUCUUUUUUUUAAGCACCAGAACAUCCUCAAGGUGUAUUCCUAUUAUAACGACCUUGCUUUCGCAGCAAUCGCAAACGCAACGGUGUCAGUUGAUUCCUUCUUUUUCCUGAGUGGGCUGUUGGUGGCAUACAUUGCCUCGCGCAGCAUUGAAAGAGCCCACGGCAGAUUCAACAUCAUCAUGUUCUAUGUACACCGCUACAUCCGUCUGACGCCGGUCAUGAUGAUCAUCAUCGGAUUCGUAGCCACUUUAUACGUCUAUCUGGGUUCAGGACCGAUGUGGGGAUAUGCAGGCCUGGGAAAUGCGAAGAACUGCCAAGACUACUGGUGGUGGAAUCUGUUGUAUAUUAACAAUCUGAAAGAUACGAACGUCCAGUGCUUGGGGCAGACCUGGUACCUGGCCAACGACAUGCAGAUGUUCAUUUUCUCUCCGCUGGUCUUGCUCCCGCUGUACCACUGGCCUGUUUAUAGGCCAGCUGUGGCUCAUCUUCCUCGUCUGUUUCUUCACCGGUAUCAACGCCAUGGUUACAGCAAUUCACAAGAUAGGGCCAAAUGGCCCUCUACCUGGAGGGGACGACUUUAACCUGCGCUACAUGAAGCCGUGGACAAGGGCUGGACCUUACUUGGUGGGGCUGUACAUGGGGUGGAUUCUGCAUAAGAUUCGCGGCCGCAAGAUCCGCCUUCCAGCGCCUGUAGUCGCCAUCGGCUGGAUCACGGCUUCCCUCACCGGCUGCCUCAUUGUGUACGGCAUGUUCGACUACAACAGAUUUGAUGCUGGACAUGCGGA